CCAAGAAGUCGCGGCUUACCUGCGGCGCGAUUUGUAAACGUUUUAACUUUUACUUUCAUAGUUUUUGUGUUGCUUCAAUACUUAAAACUUCACAAAUUGUUGUGCGUCUAGUUUUUUGUUAUGGUUUUGGAAGUUUUUUAACAUUUGACACUUCUUGAUAGCUGUUUUGGCAAUAUUUGACCGAGGGAGAUGUCGUCUGUGCCGGGUGCUUGGAGUAAAGCUGCUGACACAGAUAUUCCAAUAGGUCAUCUAGAUUAUAGUUAUGUUAAAGAUUGCGAAAAUGCCAAAGAACUCGAAGAAAUAAUUAAAAUUUUACGGUCUGGUAAAGAAGGUUUCUAUCCAGAUCUAGUUGCGUUUACAGAAAAGAAAUUGCAAACAUUAAAUCCGAAAAGUGAAGUUUUACGUAAAGAGAAUCCUGCGUUACUUGCAAAUGAUCUUGAUCCUAAUGAUAAGGAAGCUAUCAAUAAAGAAUUCUUGGAAUGGAUGGAUCAAAGAAGUGAUUUAGAAAAAGAAUCAAAACGAGAAAAUGACCUUGAAAGUAGUCGUGUCUUACCACCAAUUCGCACGAAAAAGACUUUUACCGAAAAACCCAAUACAGAAAUGAUUGAUAAAACUUCAUCAAAAAUCAAACAUGUCAAGCCUCGAGAUUACUCUGAAUGGGACAAAGUUGAUGUUGAAAAAGAGCUUGAAAAGAUUGACAAAAAAGAAGAUACGAAACAAUUAAGAAAUCAUGUUAAUAAAAAGCCAGUAGUUGCUCAAAAAAUAUCAAGGGAUGAUUUGACUGAAGAAGAGCGUGUUUUUCGAGCAACAAAAGAAAAAGAGAAAGGAAACGAAGCGUAUAGGGCUCAAGAUUAUGAAGAAGCUAUUGUUUAUUACACAAACAGUUUGAUGCUUCAACCAACUGCUGCCAGUUUCAAUAACCGAGCUGCUGCCAAGUUAAAAGUUGAAAAGUACCUUGAUACUAUUGAAGACUGCAAUCAAGUUCUUGAGUUGGAACCAAAUAUAAAAGCUUUUCUGCGUCGUGGUUUAGCGUUCAAAGCGUUAAAACAAUACACCAAGGCUGUUGAGAACUUUACCAAAAUUUUAAGCAUUGAACCUGGGAACAAAAGAGCAAAGGACUUGCUUGAGGAGAUUAAAAGCUCUUCAACACAUGUCGUGGCUUCUUCAUGUAAUGAUGUUACAUCUGUGAAUGGUCCGACAAAAUCAAAGAACAAAGGUCAAAGAUUGAAGAUUAUCGAAGUUGAGAAUAGUGAUGAUGCGAAUGACAAAGGAAAUGUUGUCUCAGUUGAUUGUAACGAUAAUGAGAGUGGAGAAUCUCACAUUGAUUCGUACAAGUGCUCUGGUAAGGAAAUCUUGGAGGAUCUAAAGAUUGUAAAUGGUGAUAACAAAGAAAAUGAGGAAGUUAGGAUGGAUAACACAUCAAAUGACGUAAUGGUUGAUGGUUUAAAGAAUACAAAAAGCUUACAGUCAAAAGAUAACAUAACGUUAGAAAUUCCUGAAGAUGUUAAAAUACUCAUGGACAAAGCAACCGCAAACUACAAGAUGGGGCAUUACGCUGACGCUUUGAAGAUUUAUAGUAAAUGUUUUGAUAUUCUUUGGCCAGAGCGUGAAAAGUAUACCAAGGCCGUCUCUGGUCUACUUAACAACAAAGCGGCAUGUUACUAUAAGAUGGGUGACUGUAAAAAAUGCAUUCAAGAAUGUAACGAGUCGUUGAAGCUUAUUCAUGGAAACACGAAAGCGCUCAUUCGACGAGGAACAGCUUAUGAAGCGAUGGAAAAGUACGUCAAUGCUUUCCACGAUUUUAAUUCAGUAAGAUUACGUGACAGCUCAAACAGAGUGGCUCAAGACCAUUACAUAAGAGUGAGCAAACAUCUGGAAAUGUUUUACGGCAAGUCAUGGCGAAGCAAAGUUGACAAUAAAACUGGUGAUAAUAUUUUGUCUAAUGGUCAAGUUUGUAAUGAUGAAUCAAAAAUAAAGAUGGAUGGAGCAACAACAAAAGACGAAGAAAGUAAAAAAUCAAAAUUUUUAAAGCUUAAAGAAAGUGGAAAUGAAUUAGUAAAAAAGGGUAAACCUGAGGAUGCCAUAAAGAAAUACAGUGAAUGUGUUACACUUUGCCCAGAUGUCGUUGCCAUUUAUACAAACAGAGCACUUUGUUAUUUACAAGUCUUAAAGUUUGAAUUGGCUGCAAAGGAUUGUGAUACAGCAUUGAAAAUUGAACCGAAUAACGUGAAAGCUUUAUAUCGCCGUGCCAAAGCAAAAAAGGGCUUGCGUUGUUACAGAGAAGCAAGUGAAGAUUUUGUGCAAGUUUUAAAACUUGACAAAAAGAAUUUGGCUGCAAAAAAUGAGCUCACUGAAGUUGUGAAUUUGCUUAAAAAGGAAAGAAAAGAUGAAAACAAAAAAAGCGAUGUUCCUACAAGAAAAAAAAUAUCAAUUCAAGAUGUAGAAGACGACCACGAUACACAUAGUACAAACAAUCAAGUCAAAACCGAGAAAAACUUCUCCAAGUCUGUUAAAGAAGAGGAGAAAGAAGAAAAUAAACAAAGUCAAACUAUAAAUAUGAAAAAUAAGUCCACAAUGAAAGAUCGAUCUUCAACGAACGAAAACAACGAUCAAAAGAAAUCAAAAGAAGAAAAAGAGAACACGAAACAAAAACAAUCUUUAUUCAACGUGAAAACUGCUUUUCAGUUUCUUCAAUCUUGGAAAAGUGUUAAAAGUCCUUCGGAGCAUUUAAAGAUUUUAAAAAGGAUCAAUUUGAACGAUCUAACAAAAGUCAUCAGCAACAAAUUGGAUGGAGAUAUGAUUAAAUCCAUAUUAGAAGCUCUGAAUUUUGAAAUGAAGGCUAAUGGCGAUUCUAAAUUUAUUUGGGAAUUUUUGCAAAAGUUGGUCUUCGUCGAUCGUUUUGAUAUGACUCUGAUGUUUUUAUCUGUGAAAGAGAAGCAUAUGUUGGGUAAUUUGUUUAAUUUUAUCACGGAAAAUCAUCGUAAAGACAAGGAUUCAAAAGACCUGGCAUUGUUACAAAGAAAUACCAACUUUAAUGUCGUAAAUAUAUUAAAUAUAUCGUCGUUUUUAUAUUUUAAUUUGCUUUGUUGCAAGGUUUGUAUAUUUCAAUGUUUUGACACACAGUGCAUAAAACCAAAUAAAUAUUAAAGGAAGUUUUGGUUUAAA